GGCGGGAAAUCACCGCGAGUUUCCUGCAUCCGGGUCGGGGAAGCCAAGAUCGUGAGACUGUGAUCUUGGGGGCUUGGUUGGCAGGAGGGGAGUGAGGAGUCGUGUAUAACUCGCCGCCCAAAGGACGCUCAAGACCGUCCCCGAAACACAACCUCCGCGUGACAGGGAUGAGGAGCCUCCAGAGCCAUGGCCUCGGUAGCAGCGACCCCAGCCAGGACGCCGAACGGACCAGGACCCGGGGAGGCCUCUGCCAGCUUCCCCACCGUGGCUUCAGUGCCGGGCCCCCGGGAGCCCGAGGAGGAGGAAGAGGAGGAACCUGCUGAGAUUCAUUUGUGUGUCCUGUGGAAUUCAGGAUACCUGGGCAUUGCCUACUAUGAUACUAGUGACUCCACCAUCCACUUUAUGCCAGAUGCCCCAGACCACGAGAGCCUCAAACUGCUCCAAAGAGUUCUGGAUGAAAUCGAUCCCCGGUCUGUUGUUACAAGUGCCAAACAGGAUGAGAAUAUGACUCGGUUUCUGGGGAAGCUUGCCUCCCAAGAGCACAGGGAGCCUAAGAGACCCGAAAUCAUAUUUUUGCCAAAUGUGGAUUUUGGCCUGGAGAUAAGCAAACAGCGCCUCCUUUCUGGAAACUACUCCUUCAUCCCAGACUCCAUGACUACCACUGAGAAAAUCCUCUUCCUCUCCUCCAUCAUCCCCUUUGACUGCCUCCUCAUGGUUCGAGCACUUGGAGGACUGCUCAAGUUCCUGGGUCGAAGAAGAAUCGGGGUUGAACUAGAAGACUAUAACGUCAGCGUCCCCAUCCUAGGAUUUAAGAAAUUUGUGUUAACCCAUCUGGUAAGCAUAGAUCAAGACACUUACAGCGUUCUGCAGAUAUUUAAGAGUGAGUCUCACCCCUCGGUGUACAAAGUGGCCAGCGGACUCAAGGAGGGGCUCAGCCUCUUUGGAAUCCUCAAUAGAUGCCGCUGUAAGUGGGGAGAGAAGCUGCUCAGGCUGUGGUUCACACGUCCAACCCAGGACCUGGGGGAACUGAAUUCCCGUCUGGAUGUCAUUCAGUUUUUCCUGUUACCUCAGCAUCUGGACAUGGCUCAGAUGCUGCACCGAUUGCUGGGUCACAUCAAGAACGUGCCUCUGAUUCUUAAACGCAUGAAGUUGUCCCACACCAAGGUCAGUGACUGGCAGGUUCUCUACAAGACAGUGUACAGUGCCCUGGGCCUGAGGGAUGCCUGCCGCUCCCUACCCCAGUCCAUUCAGCUCUUCCGGGACAUUGCCCAAGAGUUCUCAGAUGACCUGCACCACAUUGCCAGCCUCAUUGGGAAAGUGGUGGACUUCGAGGGCAGCCUUGCUGAAAAUCGCUUCACAGUCCUCCCCAACAUAGAUCCUGAAAUUGAUGAGAAAAAACGAAGACUGAUGGGACUUCCCAGUUUCCUCACUGAGGUGGCUCGGAAGGAGCUGGAGAAUCUGGACUCCCGGAUUCCUUCAUGCAGUGUCAUCUACAUCCCUCUGAUCGGCUUCCUUCUUUCUAUUCCCCACCUGCCUUCCAUGGUGGAGACCAGUGACUUUGAGAUUGAAGGUCUGGACUUCAUGUUCCUCUCAGAGGAGAAGCUGCACUAUCGAAGUGCUCGAACCAAGGAACUGGAUGCACUGCUGGGGGACCUGCACUGUGACAUCCGGGGUGAGGAGAAGCGAGUGGCUGGAGUGGACCGGGCAGCGUGGAGCUCCUUCCCUCCCCUGCCCCCAGACCAGGAGACCCUGCUGAUGCACCAGCUGCAAUGCCAGGUGCUGGCACGGGCAGCCAUCUUGACCCGGGUGUUGGACCUUGCCUCCCGCCUGGACGUCCUGUUGGCUCUUGCCAGUGCCGCCCGGGACUACGGCUACUCAAGACCCCGUUACUCCCCACAGCUUCUCGGGGUACGAAUCCAGAAUGGCAGGCCCCAUCUUCUGGAUCCACAGGCCACAUGCAAGGAACUUUCCACCGGCUACAGGCAUCCGCUGAUGGAACUCUGUGCCCGAACCUUCGUUCCCAACUCUGCAGAGUGCGGGGGGGACACAGGGAGGGUCAAAGUCAUCACUGGACCCAACUCCUCAGGGAAGAGCAUAUACCUCAAACAGGUAGGCUUGAUCACAUUCAUGGCCCUGGUGGGCAGCUUUGUGCCGGCAAAGGAAGCUGAUAUCGGGGCAGUAGACGCCAUCUUCACCCGAAUUCACAGCUGUGAAUCCAUCUCCCUUGGCCUUUCCACCUUCAUGAUCGACCUCAACCAGCAGGUGGCGAAAGCGGUGAACAAUGCCACUGAGCGCUCGCUGGUCCUUGUGGAUGAAUUUGGAAAGGGAACCAACACGGUGGAUGGGCUCGCGCUGCUGGCUGCCGUGAUCCGACACUGGCUGGCACUCGGACCCACGUGUCCCAAUGUCUUUGUGGCCACCAACUUUCUGAGCCUUGUUCAGCUGCAGCUGCUGCCGCAGGGGCCGCUUGUGCAGUACUUGACCAUGGAGACCUGUGAGGAUGGGAAUGACCUUGUCUUCUUCUAUCAAGUUUGCGAAGGUGUUGCCCGUGCCAGCCACGCCUCCCACACAGCUGCGCAGGCUGGGCUUCCUGAGAAACUCAUUGCUCGCGGCAAGCAGGUUUCGGACUUGAUCCGCAGUGGAAAGCCCAUCAAACCUGUCAAAGAGCUGCUAAAGGAGAAGCAAAUGGAAAAUUGCCAGACAUUAGUAGAUAAGUUUCUGAAACUGGAUUUGGAAGAUCCCAGCCUGGACCUGGACAUUUUCAUGAGUCAGGAGGUGCUGCCUGCUGCCACCACCAUCCUCUGAGAGUCCUUCCUGGGCCCUCCUCCAGGUCCCAAACCCCUGAACGCUGCCAGGCCUCCUUGUUUCCUUACCUCCCUCAGACCCAGAGUUCUCAGUUUCCCUGGAAAUUCUGUUUCAUGUUAAUAAUAAAGCUUAUUUUGGAGAAA